AUGGCCAGGGACGGGGCCGGGCGCUGGGCAGGUACGGGGCCGGGUGCUGGGCUAGGGACGGGGCCGGGUGCUGGGCAGGUACGGGGCCGGGCGUUGGGCAGGUACGGGGCCGGGCGCUGGGCAGGUACGGGGCCGGGCGCUGGGCAGGUAAGGGGCCGGGCACUGGGCAGGAACGGGGCCGGGCGCUGGGCAGGUACGGGGCCGGGUGCUGGGCAGGUACGGGGCCGGGCGCUGGGCAGGUACGGGGCCGGGCGCUGGGCAGGUACGGGGCCGGGCGCUGGGCAGGUAUGGGGCCGGGCUCUGGGCAGGUACGGGGCCGGGCGCUGGGCAGGUACAGGGCCGGAGGCUGGGCAGGUACGGGGCCGGGCGCUGGGCAGGUACGGGGCCGGGCGCUGGCAGGUACAGGGCCGGGCGCUGGGCAGGUACGGGGCCGGGCGCUGGGCAGGUUCGGGGCCGGGCGCUGGGCAGGUACGGGGCCGGGCGCUGGGCAGGUACGGGGCCGGGCGCUGGCAGGUACAGGGCCGGGCGCUGGGCAGGUUCGGGGCCGGGCGCUGGGCAGGUACGGGGCCGGGCGCUGGGCAGGUACGGGGCCGGGCUCUGUGCAGGUACGGGGCCGGGCGCUGGGCAGGGCGCGGGCUAGGUAAGGGGCCGGGGCGCGGGCUAGGUACGGGCUGGUCGCGGGCGUCGACGGGGCGCGGGCUAGGUACGGGGCCGGGCGCGGGUGUCGACGGGGCGAUCGCGGGCUAG